UUUAUGUAGAUGCACACAGUCAAAUAUUUCAGAAGACCCAAUAGCUCUUCCAGGACUUCCUUAAUUUCCAGUUGUAGGGUCUUAAAGCCAACCGAAAGCAAGCAAAACAUCUGACUAGACUUGUUAGAUGAGACAAGUCUGGGUGUUCCUGUGGCCCAGGGAGGACAGGGGACUCCAAGGCAAAACGCUGCACCUGUGCGGAGCAGCAUCCGUCUCUGCACGGGGACGCAGAACAGGGCUCACCUCCCAUGCCCGGGAAGGCGCAAGUAAGGCGCAUGCGCGGCCCCGCCGCUCGGGCGGGCAAAUUCAAACCUGCCCUCGCGCCCCUGCGCUUUGUCGGGGUGGCGGUUGGGCUGACGUCAUUGCACCGCGUCCUUCCCCGUGGUUUCCGGCGCUCGUGCGCGUGGAGUGGGCAGGCGCUCUCCGCAUCCCUUCCUGCCGCCGUGGGACCCGUCUGCUCCGGCGAGAGGCUGUCGCCACGACGCCGGCGAUGGCAGCGGGGCGCUCGGAGGGGGCCGCAUGGCGGGUGGCUGUGCUGGAGGAAGAGCUGCGGAGCCUGGCGGAGGAGCUGAGCCGCUGCCAGGCUGACAAAGAAUUUGUGUGGUCUCUUUGGAAAUGUCUCCAAGUGUCAAAUCCUGAUCUUACACAAGCUGUCAGUUUAGCUGUGGAAAGAGAAAAGCAGAAAGCUGAAGUCAAGGACAGAAAGACAUUAGAAAUUUUGCAAGCCAAAGACAGGGAAACAGAAACCCUAGAACAGAGGCUCUCAGGACAGCAGCAAGAGAUAAAUAACUUAAUUCAGAGAAAAAUUGCUGUGGAUGAGGAAAAUGCCUGUUUGAAGAAUGAAUUCAGUAAUUUGAAGCAGAAAUUUAAAGAUGAAAGCCAAGAACUUAAGGACACUGAGGAGUGUGCACAGAAGAAGGAAGAGCAAAACAGACUGGUUAUAAAAAUCCUGGAGGAGGAAAAUAAGGGAUUAAAUGCUUGCUGUGCUGACCUGCUAAAUGACCUGGAGAAACUGAGGAAGCAGGAGGUACAAUGGAAAGCAGAAAAAUCUGGCAGUGACGCCAGAAUAAAGAUGUUGGAAACCAAUGUAACAGAUGCAAGAGAAAAACUGAAAGAGUUAAGCAGUAAAUGCAGUAACUUGUCAUCUCAGCUAGGUGUGAACCAGAAAGAACUCUCCCAAAAAGAAUGUGAUAUGAACAGGACUAAGAAGGAGUUACAGGAGCUGCAGAAUCUUUACAAACAAAACGUUGCACAUACGGCACAGCAGGCUCAACUGAUACAGCAGCUUCAGACUCUUAAUACUGACACACAGAAAGUACUGAAGGAACAAGAAGAUGUGCACACAACAGAAACAAUAUCAUAUCAAAAACUUUAUAAUGAAUUCACUUUGUGUUUUGAAACUUUUAAAACAAACGAAAUUCAGCUGCAGCAAAGGUAUUCUUCUCUUCAGGAUCAGUUACUUGGAAAAGAUCGGAAGAUUUGUCAGUUACAGGAGCAACUUCAGCAGGCUCAGGAUACUUUAAAUACGUUACAUCAGAAUUCUUCUCAUGACUUACAGGAAUUUCAACAGCCUUCUUUAGGAGAACUGGAGUGUCUUAUCACCAUGCAAAAAUCUGAAAUUGAGCUUUUAAAGGAAAAAUUGAAAAAAGCGAGUCUUAACCUGGUGGAGCAUAGUUUGUAUACUACAGUUACUCUGAAAACCACCAAUGGAAAGACUGAAAGAAAGCAUGAGACUCAAGAAACUGAUGAGCUAAGAGCAGCCCAUGAAAUACGCAAAGAAAGGCUGCAGAUGUUACAGACCAACUACAGAGCACUAAAAGAGCAAUUAAAGCAGUGGGAAGAGGGUGAUAGCAGGUCUGCAAGCAGUAAAGGCAGAUACCAGCGUGCAGACGCCUGCCAGCUUUGUCAGGAGGAUUCUGCUGCUGUGUGGAAAGAACUGUCUUUUUUCAAAAGGGAACACAAAAAGCUAUUGAUUGAAAAGCUGAAUCUUGAAGAGGAAUUAGAUCAGAUGAAAGUACACCAGUCUGCGGAGCUACUUUUUAAACAUAGUGAAGAUGAUGGGGUGAAGAAGAGUACUCCAAAGAAGAAUGUGGAAGCCAGUUCAGAUCAGAGGUUACAGAAGGUAGAACAACUAGAAAGAAGAUGUAAAACUAUUGAAAGGGCAAUAAGGAAACAGAAGGAAAUAAAUAAGGACUUACUGAAGGAGAAAAAUGAUUUGAAAGCAUCUUUAAAAAUGGAAAAGGAAGAUGCAGACACAAGAGAGAGAGAGCUGGAAAAACUACUUAAGAGGAUUUGUGAAAUAAAAAAAGACAACGCAGAACUUCAGUUAGUGAUUGAUGAUCAGGAAAAAGAAGCUGCUUCUUUGAAGAGGCAAGUGGCAGAAGCUAACAGGUUGAGAAACGAGAACGAGGAUUUGCUGAGUCAAGUGCAGGAGCUGACGUGUUUGCUGGGUGAAGCCAAAGCAGCGGCAACCUCUGGGCAAUGUAAUUGCAAGAUAACAGGCACCAAGGUUAAAUUAAAAGCAGCCAAGAAAAAGAGCUCUUUGGGACAUCAUGGAGCUUUUCUCAAACAGUCCAUCAAGGUUAUGAGUAAUGUAUUUGAGAACUUCCGUAAGGACGGCUGGGAGGAUGUGAGUGAAAGCAGUGACUGUGAAAUACCAACUUCUGAGAUUCUGGAAGCAGUGACUAUGAAGACAGUGCAGGAUAUUGAUCCAUUACCAGACAGAAAUAAACAACAGGGAAAAAAGCAAAUACAAGAUAGCAAAAAGCCCUGCAACAUUGCACAUUUAGAAGGCAAAAGCCAGCACUAUAAGAAAAAGAGCCAUUCACAGAAAAAAGACCCAGGAAAGUUACAGUCCAAGAAGAGGAAGAUCCACUAUGUUGCAACAGCUUAUCCAUCAUUUCUAAGGAAAGUGAGCAGAACAAAAAGCAGAAACAUCAUUUUCCAGAAGCAAGGCUAUUCUGGUACUCUACUUCAGGAAAGAAUUAAGUCAUUGCAGCAGCAGAUAGGUGUUUUAGUGAAUGAAAAAAGAGCAGCAGUAUCUUCUGUGAAGGAAUUUAAAGAAACAAAUGAAAAACUAACAACUCAACUACGUUUGGCUGAUCGGAGGCUUCAAACUAGUAAAUUGGCCAUACAGGUGUUGACCUCCAACCUGGCCAAAUGGCAACAGGAGAAGGAAGAUUUACAAGGAAAAUUGAAGUCAAGAGAACAUCUGUCUCAAACUGCUGUCAAGAGUGAAGUCACUCCAGCUCCUUCAAAGAACAUUGAUUUAGAGAUGAAACAGCUGCAAUGCAAACUAAAGAAUUCAAAUAUUGAAAUCACUAAGCAAUCAACGACCAUUAAGUCACUGAAAAACGAAAUCCAGGAAAAAGAAGAGCGAGUUCGGGAACUCCAAGCUAAGAUUUCUCGGUUGGAGAGGGACCGUAAUAUGAAAGGACAUUUGGUAGAACACUUAAGGUCUCGUCUAAAAGCAAACCACGAAAAUGAGAAAGCCCAUAGCGAAACAUUAGAAGGUCUUGAGAGAAAGGUGAAGUCCCUGACUGAAGACUACUCAAACAAAAAAACUUCAAUUGACUCACUGAAACAAAGACUUAAUGUUGCUACAAAAGAGAAGUCUCAUUAUGAACAGAUGUAUCACAAGGCUAAAGAUGAGCUGGAGAAAAAGGUUCUCAGGCUAUCCAAUCUAGAGAGCAAAGUGAUUGAGACUGAAUGUGCCAUGGCUAAACUCGAGACUGCAGCAUCUCAACAACUACAUGGACUGGCUGAACAGAGUGGGCAGGCUUUGGAAACUGUUCAUAAGAAGCUACUGUUUGCCAAUGACAAAAUAGAAGAGUUCAUGACAUUUGUUAAGGCUCUAACCAGAGAGAUACACCAUAGCGUGCAAGAGCUGAGAAUAAAAAUCAAACAGGCCAAAAAAGUGGAAGAAGCAAGGGCAUGUAAAAAAGGCCUUUCCCAAGAGUCUGUUCAGUUGGCAGCGUCUAUCCUUAAUGUUUCAACAACGGAUCUUGAGGAGAUAUUAGAAGUAGAAGAGGGUGAGGAAACAGCAAAGACAAAAAUGGAAUCUGAAAAAGACAAAGAAUGGCUGCUCUGUGUACAGAAACUUCCUGAAGCACAGUUUCCUUUUGCCUCAUAUUUACUGGAUACCAUACUGGCAAAAUUAAAUGAGAAGAAGAAACUCAGAGAAGAGUACAGUUCUCUCAUGAAACACAGUGUAACGUAGAAGUCUUCAAAAAGGGUGACUAAAAUAUGUGCUGUCUCACAAUGUUUUUCCUCUUCACAUAAAGAACUGUCAAUUAGCACGUUCAAUACAUAAGAAACUGUGAACUAAUUAAUUGUUGAACAAGAAGAAUUAGUUGUGUUCCCAUUUAGAAAGAAGUGUAGUGUUUCAUUCUUGAAGACAAAAAUUGUUGCACAUCAAUACAAAGUUAAACAUGAAUUUCCUUUAAGUGCAUUGGCAGUGCACAGCAGCAUGAGCUUUGUAGAGAGAGGAUGUUUCUGGUAAGACCAAUACAAAUCCGAACAAUUUGGUAAAUACAGAAAACCACCAAGUAACUCCUUAUUGUACUAGUUGGAAUGGUGGAACUAGGAUUUAUGAAGGAUAUGAGAAUAUAAUUGCCAUUUUGAAUACCUUAUUGUGGCUUCUGUAUAAAUCACGCCACAUAAAAUCAUAUGUACUCUCUCUGUCAGAAAAUGAAUGAUUGUAGAAGAAAAAACAUUCAAUGCAGAGUAAUAAUCCUCAGAAAAGUUGUAUUUUCUUCUGAGUGGGAUGGCACUGUGUGCAAUGAAUUUAAUUAUAUUUUAAAAAAUUCAGUACAAUAAAGUUAUUUCCAAUGUGGAUUUUUUUUUCCA